UCCAGGCAGCGACGGUUGUAGUAGUCGAAGCUGAAAAUAGCCAGCUAGCUUUGCUUCUCCCGUCUAAAUCUAACUUAACGUCGACGAUAAGUUAAAAUGCUGGACAUGAAUCCAUAUUCAUGAAUGCGCAGAAGACAUUUGCUGGAGGAAACUAUGGAAGACUGAGAGACGGGAGACAUUUUAUCGGCGAAUUUUUGCCGGCUUUUCGGCCAAACCACCAGCUUAAACUGCCUUCGCAAAAAAGCUUCUGCCUCUCCACGGAAGUCGUGGUUGGAAAAUACGGUAAAUUGUCGGGUUUUGAAUGUGUAUUAUAUGUUUUGACGCCAGUUUAAGUUGUGAGAUCAAUGUCAACGGUCGCUUUGCUCAGCUGGUUGUUUGGAUACCGCACGCGGGGUUUCUGUGCUGGUUACCCGGGCUAGAGCGGCUAACUAGCCCGCCAGCUUUAGCAGCCUUGGCGUUUCGAUCUCUUCAGAGUUUACCGGUCAAGGUACAAAGGGGCAGCGUGGUGUGAGUCCCCAUGAGAAAACCACGACGGAGGGGAGGCCUGCCCGGGGCCCAAAGUGAUGCCGCGGACACAGGUACAGCUGGUAGAGGGGCGUCACAGCCACGCUCGCUCUCUCCCUACCAGCUGAAGGUUUCACCCACCAGAGAAACCCUAACGUACGCCCAGGCUCAGAAGAUUGUGGAGGUGGAUCUGGAUGGAAGACUGCAUCGGAUCAGCAUCUUCGACCCCUUGAUGGUGAUCACUGAAGAUGAAAUGACAGCUCAGGACAUUGCUGAGUGCAACAGCAACAAAGAGAACAGCGAGCAGUCAUCGGUGACCACCGCUGUCAGCUCCCCGCGACGAUCGGGAGCCCAUAAGGGGAAAAAGAAAGACGUGAAGCAGUUGUCAUCGUCUUCAUCACAGAACCACAGCUCCAACUGUGGACAGUCUCAGAUGAAUUCGAGCGUGAACAGCCACCAAGGCACCUUACCCAAACCCACUUUCAGAGAACAAGAGUCUUAUGAACCAGUCGAGGUGCCUCCUCGCCCUUCGGCAUAUUACCGUUACAUUGAGAAGUCCGGUGAAGAGAUGGAAACGGACGCGGAGUAUGACAUGGACGAGGAGGACGUGGCCUGGUUGGAGCUGGUAAACGAAAAACGAGUGUCAGAAAGCCAUCCGCAAGUGUCACCCGACACUUUCGAAAUCCUGAUAGAUCGCCUAGAAAAGGAGUCGUUCUUAGAGUUGCGAAGCCAAGCGCCCUCACAGAGUAUCAUCGACGAAGACGCCUUCUGCUGCGUCUGCCUCGACGAUGAAUGUCUCAACAGUAACGUCAUCCUGUUUUGUGACAUCUGCAACCUGGCGGUGCACCAGGAGUGUUACGGCGUUCCCUACAUCCCUGAGGGCCAGUGGCUCUGCCGCUGUUGCUUGCAGUCGCCCUCUCACCCCGUGGACUGCGUGCUUUGCCCAAAUCGGGGCGGAGCAUUUAAACAAACCAGCGACGGGCGAUGGGCACAUGUGGUCUGUGCUAUUUGGAUCCCGGAGGUGUGUUUCGCCAACACAGUCUUCCUUGAGCCCAUCGAGGGCGUAGACAACAUUCCACCUGCUAGGUGGAAGCUAACAUGUUACCUGUGCAAGCAGAAAGGUUGUGGAGCAUCCAUUCAGUGCCACAAGGCCAACUGUUACACGGCUUUCCAUGUAACCUGUGCGCAGAGAGCUGGACUCUUUAUGAAAAUAGAGCCGGUCAGAGAGACUACUGUGAAUGGGACUACGUUUUCAGUGAAAAAGACUGCGUUUUGUGAGGCGCACUCUCCGCCUGCGAAGGACGGGUCGGAUGAUGAAGAGACCGGGGGGAGAGUUUUGGGGUGUCGGGCUAACAGGGGUCGCAGUGCCUACACACAAACGCCACAGCUCAAGAAGCAGAAACGAAGCAAUAAACUGGAUUCUAAGCAGCAGCAGAAGAAAGGAAUGAAAGAAGAGGUGUCAAAAAAAGUCACAACGCCUUUGAUCACUGUCCCAGAAAUACCUACUCACAGAUUGAACAAAAUUUCUAAAGAUGUGAUCAUACAGAAGAAGAAUCAGUUCAUGCAGAGACUUCACAACUAUUGGUUGCUUAAGCGUCAGUCACGCAACGGAGUGCCUCUCAUUCGUCGUUUACAUUCACAUCUGCAGGGUCAGAGAAGUGUUGAACAGGUGGAGCCAGAUGAAAAGCUGAAUGCUGUGAGAGAAGAGCUGAAAUACUGGCAGAAGCUUCGUCACGAUCUGGAGCGAGCGCGACUCCUGAUCGAGCUUAUUCGCAAGAGAGAGAAACUGAAGAGAGAUCAGGUAAAGAUUCAGCAAGCUGUGACCGAGCAUCAGUUAACUCCGGUCCUGGUACUGCUGCGAUCCACUUUAGAACAGCUUCAGGAGAAAGAUACUGCAAAAAUAUUUGCAAAGCCUGUCAACUUGAAAGAGGUCCCAGAUUACCUGGAGUUUAUCACGCACCCCAUGGACUUCUCCACCAUAAAAUCCAAAUUGGAGGCUCACAAAUAUCGCUCCGUCACUGACCUUGAGGCUGAUUUCAACCUCAUGAUCAAUAACUGCCUGCUUUAUAAUGCUAAAGACACUGUGUUUUACCAAGCUGCAAUACGCCUGAGGGACCUAGGGGGCGCUAUCCUGAGGCACGCUCAGAGACAAGCCCAAAACACAGGCUUCGACCUGGACACGGGCAUGCUCCUGGCAGAAUCGCCACAUAAAAAUGACUACUACCGCUGCACUUUGGAAGACGUCGACACGCUGCUAGACCCUGAUAAUCGAUUGCACAUGACGACGGAAAACCAGUUGAGGGAGCUGCUAGAUAAAUUAGAUGUGGUGACGUCCAUGCGCUCGAGUGGUGCACGGACACGCCGUAUACGCCUGCUCCGCCGAGAAAUCAACAACAUCCGCUAUAAGCAGCAGUCGCGGAACUCACACAUGCUCAAUGGAGACCUCAAAGAGGAAGACGAGGAGGAGGAUGAAGACAAGGAGAUGGAUGGUGAACAUAACCUGUCAUCAUCAGAUAAAGAUGACUGUAAAUCAACCCCCCCACCCAUGCUGGAACCCACAGGCCUGGCUUUGUCCCCUCCACCAGCAGACACCCACCAAGAACCGCCAACCCUCCGCCCCAUGACAUCUGACCCCAGGACAUCCCCAUGCACACCUAAGCGCCUCAAACUCAACAUUGAGAGCCAAGAGGCCUAUUCGGACACCACCCCUGUGAACAGCUGCACCAAACCUGAGGACCGCCCGCCUGAGAACAAACUAAUCAAUGGCCUCUCCACCACAGAGUCACCGACCCGGCCUGCCACAGGAGGGGUCGGCCGGCGGACGUCCGUCCUUUUCAGAAAAGCAAAAAAUGGAGCAAAGCUCCAGCGUGAGAGAGACAAUCAGAUGCAGAACGGAAGCAGGGAGGAGGCCAUCAGCGCUGACCCAGACCCUGCACGCACACCCAACUGCACCGCCACCAUCAAGACUGAAACCUCAGCCCAGCCAAAACCUUCAACACCUCCGCCCAUAUCAACCCCGGCCAAACAGAGAGCAAGAAGCCACAGCUGCAGUCCAGAGCGCGAGAGAACACCCCCUCGACUCACUCUAGAGCCUGCUCUCACCAACGGAUUCAGAAAGCACAAAGAUGGCGGCUCUGACUCAGAAUGCAGCUCAUCUCCGACUCUGAGAGAACUUGUCUCACCCCUUAAAAAGAGCAGAGGGAAACCUGCUUUGUCCAAAGUCCCUUUUUUAGAAACUGUUAACGGAGACUCUGACUACACUGGGACUGAUGUUCUGUCAAACGGUGAUGUGCCUGAACCUGAACCUCUGGAUUUGGUGUGGGCCAAAAGCAGAGGAUAUCCGUCCUACCCUGCUCUGAUCAUAGAUCCAGACAUGCCUCAGGAGGGUCUUCUGCAUAAUGGAGUUCCCAUCCCUGUGCCUCCGCUUGACGUGCUGCGCCUUGGUGAGCAGAGACAAGAAGAAGCCGGCGAGAAACUCUUCCUGGUUCUCUUCUUUGACAACAAACGAACCUGGCAGUGGCUGCCACGAGAUAAAGUGAUCCCUCUUGGCGUUGACGACACGGCUGAUAAACUGCGUAUGAUGGAGGGCAAGAAAACCAGUAUCCGGAAGUCCGUGCAGGUGGCCUACGACCGAGCUAUAAUCCACUUGAGCCGAGUUCGAGGAGAUCAUGGUUUUGUCGGCUCCAACUACAUGUAGAACAGAAACGCCAACCACAUCUGUCCUAACGUACCACUCACAUGGGCUUUCUAAGGAGGGCUGAGAGCCAUUUGGUUAGUGCACCAGGUACUAGACCCCCGAUCAUUCAGUUCAGUUUAGUUUAUCCAUGUGUUCAUGACACAACCCUCUCAGUCAUUUCAGAUUCAGGACAGGAAAGUGCGGUGGCUUCUACAAAUAAUUCGUUUUUAUGAGGUGUCACUUUAUGGUGAUGAUGAGUCUAAACGACACAUAGACUCAGAGUUUUAGCGUUUGGGUACGUUCAGAGCAAUUAAUUUCUGAAAAAUGUGUUUUAAAUGAAUGAACUUAAAGAAUAUAAACGUUUGAAUGAAUCACUGCCAU